UGAUGUGAAUGUGGAUAACGGGGUUGGUUAGGAAACCGCGUCACUAUUGCGUACACGAUCCGAUAAUCGAGUAGAAUGACUUGUCCUCUUAUUUAUCAGUGGAUUUUGGUAAAGACAGCUGAGAGUUGUCGAGGCACUUGCAGGGUUGCAUUGUGCUGCUCCACUAGAAAUGACACCGAACGUCGCCCCGCUUAGCCGCGGCAUUCAGCCCACUUGCCUGUUCAUCAAGAGCAAAGCGCGAGCGAGCUUCUCCCCACCCGCAUACAUACUCCCACCACCAUGGUCACGAAUAUGGUCAAGUCGAUCGCGAACCACGACUUGCCCAAGCCGCCUUCCGGCAAAUAUCCCGCCAAAGCUCAUUGUCGUCGCGUGGCGGCAUGGAUAGCAGAGAACGGCGGGCCCUCUAGCGGCGUUAUCUAUCUCCAGGGACAGACGCUAAAAGAGCAUGAAGAUGACGAUACAGAGAUGCAUUUCAGGCAACGGCGCCACUUCUACUACCUCACUGGAUGCGAGGUCCCGGACUGCGGUUUUGCAUAUGACAUUGCCUCUGACAAGUCUACACUAUGGAUUCCCCCGGUCGACCCCAAUGUAGUCAUGUGGGCGGGCAUGCCGCUACUGCCAAAGGAAGCCUUGGAGAAGUACGACAUAGAUUCCGUUCUGACCACCGACGAGCUGAAGUCUGGGAAAUCUGUGCAGGAUCUACUCAAGAAGCCGAACGAGACCCUCUUGGUGAUCAAGGACCGCUUGGAUAUGGAUAUCUUCAACACCGACAGUGUCAAGCACCUCCAGCCAAACGUCGACUACGAGUGGGCCCGCCGCGGCAUCGAGCAGUGCCGCGUUGUCAAAGACGAGCACGAAAUCGCCAUGAUCCGCCACGCCAACAUCAUUUCCUCCUACGCCCACGAGCAGGUGCAAGUCUCCGUCCAUGCAGCGUCCAACGAGCGCGAGCUCAACGCACUCUUCAUGAUGCACUGCCACGCCAACGGCUGCAAGGAGAUGGCCUAUGGCUGCAUCUGCGCGGCCGGCACAAACGCCAGCACCCUCCACUACGUCCACAACAACCUUCCACUCACCAACAAGCUCAACAUGCUCAUGGACUGCGGCGCGGAGUACAACUGCUACUGCGCCGACAUCACGCGCACGUUCCCACUCAAUGGGCGCUUCUCGCCCGAGAGCCGCGAGAUCUACGCCCUCGUUCUAAAGAUGCAGACUGAGUGCAUGGGCAUGAUCAAGGCGGGCGUGCUGUGGGAAGACGUGCACAUGCGCGCACACAACAUUGCCGCCGCCGGUCUGCGCGAUCUCGGUAUCCUGAAGAAGGAGCUCUCCGUCGAGCAGAUUCUGGACUCUAAGGUCACGACAAGGUUCUUCCCGCAUGGGCUGGGUCACUACCUCGGUAUGGAUACGCACGACACCGGCGGCAAUGCGAACUACGAGGAUCCGAAUCCGUAUUUGAAGUACCUCCGUGUGCGCGGGAAGCUGCCUGUCAAUGCGGUAGUGACGAACGAACCUGGUAUCUACUUCAGGGAGUUCCCGCUGAAGCAGGAGCUCAAGGACGGUGUGUGGAAGGAUGUCGUCGAUGAGAGUGUCUUGGAUCGGUACUGGAGUGUGGGUGGGGUGAGAAUUGAGGAUGACGUUGUGGUGAAGGAAAAUGGGUGUGACAAUUUGACAACUGUGAGUAGCAAGCUGGAGGAUAUUGAGGCGUUAUGCGGGACGAUCGCCCUCUGAGUAACAUUUUGGAGGGAUGCAGGGGGGUGUCCGCACGUUAGUGAAAGGACUCUACAUGUGAGUAUUUGAACAUCUGGAACACUUCUGGGUUACGAAAUGAGCAUCAGUCGACAUCGUAGGCUCCGUUCUUAAUGACUGUCCCUCAAGUAGCUAUGACCAAGUGAGCCCAAAUAUUCUACGAGAAGACACUGCUGUCAAUUUUCAUGAGUCUCGUUGCUAUUACCCUCUUUGAUCACUCGGCGACCUGUUAUAAUUGUUAUGUACUUAGCCUUCAGGCUAAAAUACCGUCCCCGAAGAGUCCGAAAAGGAGCAGUAGUGUGGUCGUAGUGGUGUAGAUGCAGAGCUGAUUCCAUUAUCAAGGGACGAUAUAAUGGGUGUCGAAACGUGACC